UGUGCGCUGCGCCAGGCUGCGGGAGCCGGAGACGGUGCGGCGUCUGUCGGCCGCCGCCGGUGCCGGCCCACUCAGCGAGGCCACCUGCCGUCAGCUGAUCGCCGCCGGCGACCACCUGCAGGGCCACGACCUGUGCCGGCAGCUGUACAUGGCGCAGCUCGACCUGAAGCUGCACCUCGGGAAGGACGGCUUCUGGCUGAACCUGCAGCAGGAGCUCUACAGCCAGUUCCUGCCGUUCCAGCUGCACAGCAAGGACGCGCACACCAUGAGUUUCGUACAGUCGCUGGCGCAGGACCUCGGCGGCGGCGUGUACAGCGCACUCUGGGCCCGGAUGAUUGGCGCCGACGUGUCGGCCGCCUUCAGCGAGUGCGCCGGCGACACGGAACAGCUGCGCGCCGUCGGAAAAAGGUUCCGGGACACUUAUCUGUCUGCCGGCGGCGCCGUCCACCCGUCCGAGGUGUUUCGCCGGUUCCGCGGCCGAGACCCCACCUGUGACGCCUUCAUCCGGCUGCACGGCCUGCACCGACUGGGCCGGCAGCAGCAGCACGGCUGAGCGGCCCGGCCCGGCCGGCCCCGUGCCGACUGGGCCGGCAGCAGCAGCACGGCUGAGCCGCCCGGCCGGCCUGCACCGACUGGGCCGGCAGCAGCAGCACGGCUGAGCCGCCCGGCCGGCCCCGUGCCGACUGGGCCGGCAGCAGCAGCACGGCUGAGCGGCCCGGCCUCCGUGCCGCUGUACCAGACCGCAGCACCGCGGCCCUGUGUUGUUGUAUUGUGUUGUUAUCGGAGGCGGCUGUCAGUCUAUGCCGCCGCCGCCGGCCGGCCGCUGUGGACCGGUCCGCCCGCGCAGUACACACUGUACACAGUACGCAGUGUCCAGGCGCGGCGCGGCGCCGCUGGGAGCGUCCCCGUUCCCGGGCGUCUGCCGGCGCCGGCGCGGCCGGUGUCCGGUGGCUGAGCAGUGAGCAGGGGGGCCCGGUGGGCGGCUGUCGGUGUCACGCCCCCGCCCCCGCCCCCGCCCCCGCCCCCCGCCCCCCGCCCCGGCUGUCGGCCAGCCGCCGUAGUGGUGUGAUGACUAGGAGCUGUGCAAACGGGAGCCGAGCUGCUCAAUGGCCGAGUGCGAUCGUCCCAAUACAUGAUAUCCUGUAUC